CUCAUUGCUCAACCCGGCUUCCCAACUGUUUACACAGCCCGGCCUGUGAGUGUGUGUGUGUAUACAGCGUGAGUCACCGAGAGGCGGAGGAGGUGGAGGAAAAGGAGAAGGAGGAGUGCACUGGCCGGGAUCGGUGCGGCGCACACACUCACUCACACUCAGUCACUCUCUCCGAGCGCGUCUCGCUCGCUCACACACACGCCGGGAGCCCAGGAGCGCGCAGGAUCCCGAGCGCCGCGGAAAAGUUGCUCCGGCUUUCUCUCCGGGACUUCGGGCUUUCGGAAGUGCAUUCGCUCCGUGGCUCUGGCGAGCCUGCGGAAUCCUGCGCUCGCGGCUCGGGACGUCGGGAACACCAGCCGCCGCCGCCUCUGCCUCCGGGACUGUUGGCGGCCUCGACAACAAUAGCGGCGGCCGCCUCUGGCCAGGCGCCCCGAGCCGGUGCCCGCGGUGAUCCCGGGACCCCAGCCGGCCUCUGCUCCCUCCGGACGCGCGGCCAGCGUGCUUCCCGCGUGCAACGCGAGCGCCCGGGAGCGGCUCCUGCCUCGCCCCCAGUGGGGGCUGAGCCGAGCUCCGUCUGCAAAGUCCAUCCCGCCCGCUGGAGUAGGUCUCGGCGCCGGCGCCGAGCCCGCAGCGCCUUCCGGCGCGGAUCCCGGGACCUACAAAGCCGGGGCCGCCCCGGCCCGGGACGGGAUGCGGGUCGGUCCUGUGCGCUCUGCCAUGAGCGGCGCCUCGCAGCCCCGCGGCCCGGCCUUGCUGCUCCCGGCCGCCCGGGGCGCCCCGGCCAAACGCCUGCUGGACGCGGACGAUGCGGCGGCCGUGGCGGCCAAGUGCCCGCGCCUCUCCGAGUGCUCGAGCCCUCCGGACUACCUCAGCCCCCCCGGCUCGCCCUGCAGUCCGCAGCCGCCGCCCGCCGCGCCGGGGACUGGCUGCACCUCCGGGAGCGCGGCGGGGCCCAGCCGCAUCGCAGACUACCUGCUGCUGCCCCUGGCGGAGCGCGAGCAUGUGUCCCGGGCGCUGUGCAUCCACACCGGCCGGGAGCUGCGCUGCAAGGUGUUUCCCAUUAAACACUACCAGGACAAAAUCAGGCCUUACAUCCAGCUGCCGUCACACAGGAACAUCACCGGCAUUGUGGAAGUGAUCCUUGGGGAAACCAAGGCCUAUGUGUUCUUUGAGAAGGACUUUGGGGACAUGCACUCCUAUGUGCGCAGCCGGAAGAGGCUGCGGGAAGAGGAGGCUGCCCGGCUCUUCAAGCAGAUCGUUUCCGCUGUUGCCCACUGCCACCAGUCGGCCAUCGUGCUUGGGGACCUGAAACUUAGGAAAUUCGUCUUCUCCACGGAGGAGAGAAGCCAGCUCAGACUGGAAAGUCUAGAAGACACACACAUCAUCAAGGGAGAGGACGAUGCUCUGUCAGACAAACAUGGCUGCCCGGCCUACGUGAGCCCUGAGAUUCUGAACACCACGGGGACCUACUCCGGAAAGGCGGCCGACGUUUGGAGCCUCGGGGUGAUGCUCUACACCCUCCUGGUGGGCCGCUACCCCUUCCAUGACUCAGAUCCCAGUGCCCUCUUCUCCAAAAUCCGCCGUGGACAGUUCUGCAUUCCUGACCACAUCUCCCCCAAAGCUCGGUGCCUCAUCCGCAGCCUCCUGCGGCGGGAGCCCUCCGAGAGACUCACUGCUCCCGAGAUCUUACUCCAUCCGUGGUUUGAGUCUGUCUUGCAACCUGGCUACGUCGACCCAGAAAUAGGAACUUCAGACCAGAUUGUUCCAGAGUACCAAGAGGACAGUGACAUUAGUUCCUUCUUCUGCUAAUCCCCAAACCUCAGAAACCUCAUAAUUCUCACACUUGGCAUUUCCAUUUCUAAAGAUGGACAGGCCUUGCGGCGCGCUGCCAGCCAGAUUCGUGACGCCGUGAAGAUUGUAGCUGCUGACCUCAAUGUGGCGCCCUCUUCUUUGUUGUGAUGAGUGACUGGCCGGGUCUGAGCCCCGCAUGCGCCGGUCGGCUGCCCUGCAAGGUCAUUGCCCUCCUCAGUGGUCCCUCGCCAACUGCCGCGCGCUGUCAGACACGGGGCGGUUCUGUGGCUGCAGAGGCGCAAAGAGUGUGGAUAUCCUAUAGCAGCACCUGGUUAGGUGGAAGGAACUCGAACAUUUUAAAGGGAGAGGAAGUAAGUCUCACGGUGGCAUUUUGGGGCAAUAACCGUAUUUCAAAGGGGUGACCAAUCAUCUGGGCCAAUAAACCUGCCAUCUUUGAACUUGUCUUUGGGAGCUACCUAGCUUCUCUACUGGAAAGUUCUUUUUUGGGUUUGGGUUAAUACACACCCUUUCUUCACACUCACACUUACCAGUGACCCUGCUCCUUUGUGGGAGCAGACUGUUUGAGGAGCAUAGGAGCCUGUCCGCACCACCAACCCAGACUCUCUCCUCCGUUUCCUGCCAAGACCUCAUUUGCACUAAUGCCUUCUUUCUGACCUUGAAAUGUCCCCUUAUUUGCUAGAAAAGCACUUACCAGCUAACCGUGGAGAAGCAUCACAAAAGAUUCGAACUCCUGGCUAUUUCAGAACUCUGAGCUCAGACCGAGAGACUGCAGAUUUGUAAGGUCAACUUGAGCCCUUGGAAUCCGGUAGCUUUGUUGGUUCCCCUCAAACGUGUCAGCCUUUAGCCUUUGUUCCCAAGACCAUCUCAGGGUGGAGCAUUUUGUCCACGAGAAGAAAGAGAAGGGGAGGCUCUCGUCGCCUCUCCCAAGAGCAGAAGCUAAACCUCUUCGUGCUUUAGAGAAAGCGAAUUUUGGAUCGGCUGGAACGAUGCUCGGACCCACCUCCAGGACUGUACUUUAACCCUUCAUGGAUACGGUCUGCCUCUGGCAUUGUGCGUGCGUUUGCAGUUUUGCAUGAUGGGUUCAUAUUUUAAAUUUGGUGUGGUUUACGAAUCCGUCUCUGUAAUCAGCACCUAGAGCGAAAUGGCCCCAAAUCUUUAAAGUCGGAAGAGCCUUUAAAAGUAUCUCCGACUUUCUUUCCUCUUUCUGCCACCUCCCAAGGCAGAAAUUCCCCCCAGCCCCAGCCCCACCCCUACCCUCCCUUCAGCUUCCUUCAGGUGGGAAGCCGGCCUCUGUUUGAAUGCUUCCAGAGAUGGGAGCUCACUACCUACAGAAGCUUAGAGCUUAACAGAGAAAACUGCAACUUGCAUUAAAAAAAGCAGAACACAUGAAAUAUCAGUAAAUGUCUCAGUGGUUAAACGGGUAAACCAAACAUACUGUAUUCUGAGAAAAUGGCACAAAACCAGGCAGUCAUUUUUAAGGGCUACGCCUAGGCAAACACCUAACCUGCAUUGUGAGAAUGCUGUGUAUACCUCACGUACUGUGUACUUUGUAUGUAUAUAUAUUUUGCCUUUUAUACCUUCGGUCCGAUAUGUUUUGUUGUUCCGGCUCCGAGGCUUGUUUCGUUGUCUGCGUCUGUCUGAAUUACCUGCGUGUCUAAAACCACGUGAAAUGUGAAUGAUUAUCGGCAAUAUUACCUUGACAGAAUCAUGGGACUCGGAGAAGAGGGAGGACAGAGGCCUCUGUCGGACUAACGUGCUCGUGGUUUUUCGACGGUUGUAUCUGUGAUACAUUACUCGGCUGGGGACCCCGGGCUGGCCGGGGCUUCUGCCGGGAAAGCUCGAAACACUAGAUCCUUCCUGUACAUGUGUAUAUAUGUGAAUGGUUAGACGGCCGUUUCUGACUUGUAGAGAAAUUUUAAUAAAUCUGGUUUCGUAAAUAGG